CAGUUUUCGGGGGAAAUUAAACCCGUAAUUUUGUGUGAUUUUUUCCGUGUCGCGGUCCAUAGCGCUGCAGCAAAUUGUGCUCCGUCCAGGCCGCUGCCUAUGGUACCUGUCCGUUCUUUUAACUCAACGUUAUGCACAUCGUGGACCUUACGAUGGACGAGUCGGUCUCUACCCAGCAGCUACCUGCUCCUGCUCCUGCUCCGGCUCCGGCUCCGGCUCCAAAUAGUGGCAAAAAACUGAAACAAAGCAGAUUAACGUUUCUGGUAAAGUCACCCGGAGCGACCUCCUCGAUCGGAUCGUUACAGUCGGAAUCGGCGACCAGUGGAGAACCGGUCGAAACGCGCAAACGCAAACCGUCCUGCGAUGGCAACCACGGUGGACUGCACCUGGCCAAGGUGGUCCGUACCUCGGCCCAGCAAAGCAAUGGUGACGAACUAAUUGUUGUAGGAAAAUCCGAACCAGAAGUGAUCAUUUUAGAUGACGCUGCAACGCCUGCUACUGUUGCUGAUCCAACUCCGGCCAGCGAGAGCGCAAAACCGGCAGGUACGGAUGCGGAAGAUGGCUCGUCACCUGAUAAAGCGGACACCACCGAUCAACAGAUAAUAGUCAGUUCGAGCGAGGAGGACGUUUAUGCGCUCUGUACGCCGAACAAGGAAGAGUCAUCGCUAACGCCUGCUAGCGAGAAACCGUCCGCGAAGAAGAUCUCGGCCAAACAGCUUGCCCGGCGCCUCGAGCACGAACGUAAGCUGGCGCUGAAGGAGCAGGAAAGGCAAGAGAAGCGCCGCCGACUUCAGGAGGAAAAGGAAGAGAAGGCUCGCGAGAAAGAGGAACUGGAGCGACAGCGUCGCAAGGAGCGUGAAGAACGCGAGGAGCAGAAACGCCGGGAACGUGAGGAACGGGAAGAAGCGAAGCGAAAAGAGCGCGAGGAAAAGGAGAAAAGACGACAGUCAGAGAUUGAGCAGAAGAAUGAAGAGAAACGGCUGAAAGAAGAGGAACGUCGCCGGAAGGAGGAAGAACGCGAAGCAGAGGAAAAGCGGAAACAGAAGGCUCAGGCCCAGGUUUUCAGUCGCUUCUUCGUGAAAAAGACUCCGGCCAAUGGUUCGACGAAAGCUUCGGAUGAUGAAAACUCGAUCGAUUCAAUCGGCGGUGGCAAAGGCGAACCGGGAAUGGUAUCGGAUCGGUUUAUGCCGUUUUGUGUGAAAGGCGACAUGCGGAUGGCUCCGGUUACGAGGCGAACAUUGAGUCAAACCGAGAGGGACCGCUUACAGACGCUGUUCGGUGAGGAAGCGACGAAAGACGAGAUCCCGCCAUGUGAUCUCUAUCUCGGUUUGCUAAAGCGCAACUGCACACAACCACGGAAGAUGGGGCCAACGUGGAUCACGGAAGCGGAAGAGGACGACGAUGACAUCACGAUUAUUGAUGAAACCACAUAUCAGCCGAUCGUGGAAGAUCAUGCCACACUGAAGCAGAAAAUGAAGGCCAAGUUCUUCUUGUUUGAGGAAAACAGGCGGCCACCGUACCGAGGGACGUGGCGUAAACGUAGUAGCAUCGUGCGGCCUCGUCGUCCGUUUUCGAAAGACACAAAAUAUUUCGAUUACGAGGUGGACUCGGACGAUGAGUGGGAAGAGGAAGAACCGGGCGAAUCGUUGCACGGUAGUGACGAUGAAAAGGAUGUCGACGCGGAAGAGGAUUACGAGGUGGACAAUGAUUUCUUCGUGCCGCAUGGGCAUCUGAGCGAUGAGGAGAUGCAGGCAGAGGAUGAAGAUGAAGCACCGGAUGCUGACAACAGUCCCGAGGCCCAGAAGGCAAAGCUCAAGAUACUGCAGCAAGAGUUUGCGGCCGAAAUGAAGAAGAAAACGGAAAAGAUCAAACCCCGACUGAUAGGAUGUAUCUGGCAGCAGCACCGGGAAGGUGGCGAGGAUCGGACGGCCGACUGUUCCACACUAAUUAUGAAGAUCCUCAACGAUCGUGCAAUGCUGUACGAUCCGAGUGAACCGAUCUCGUUCACGCAGACCUCUGCAACAGCUCCUGAGGGUGCGGGCACAUCGAUCGAUCGGGAUCUUGAUUCACCGGGAAAGGAAAAUAAGAAGGCUCCGAAAAAGGGACGCAUCUCUGACGGUGCGGUCGGUGAUUUGGCACGCCUGGUGCACGGGAAUGUGAACAAUCGAAAGUUCUUAGUCCGUGAGUUCCAGGCAUUCUGGGCAAACCGUGGCAAUGGCAACGAAGGAUCGGAAGGCACCGGUGCAGCAGAAACGGCACCAUCCGCCGCCGCCGCCGUAUCGACGUCCGAGUUUAGCAUGGAAAGCAUCCGCAAUAAGAUCAAGGAGAUCGCCACCUGGGGUGCCUGUCCGCUGGAGGGCCCGAUGCAUGGCAAACACUGCUGGACAGUUGAUGAAGCGGUGCUGAAGGACUACAAUCUGACGCAAUUGCAGCUACCGAACGCGUGGGUCUAUCACCUGAAAGGCAGCAAUCCGUCACGCUCCAGCAAACUCGCCCCGGCCAAACCGCCGGCGGCGGCGGCUGCAUCAGUCGAUGAAGAGAAUUGAUCUAGUUUCUUUUAGCUUCUCCUUUUUACUGUUCGUGAUAGAUAAUGAUAAAAAUGACAAUAAAAAAACAAUCCGCUCCGCUUAUA